AUGGCAUAUUAUAAUUUGUAAUUUUAUUAUCACUAAAAUCCGUCAAAUAAAAACAAACGGUCUUGGAAUCACAAAUUAGGAACUACAUUGUUUGUAACCAAUAUAUUAGUUCAUUUAUUAAAUGGUAGUAAGGACCAAUUAGAAAUUCUUAAUUUGAAUGAACCAGAGUUUAAAUUCUCGAUCUUAUAAGAAUUGAAUAGCAAUAGAAGAGCAUCAGAGUUUGGAUUUGCAGUUUAAGUUCAGAUAGAUCAGAAAUAAAUGUAAUAUUGAAUUAGUAGUAAAUAAAAAUAGAAUAAUUGAAACAUCAAAGGAAUAGGAAAUAGACAAUUGCCCAACCUUAAAACUAGAGUAAACAUCCGAUAUUUUAAAAUAAGAGAUCUACAUCAUUUUUUUAUGUGAACUAAUUUCUUAGAUAGUUUAGUUUCAAGAAGAGUUGAGCAGAAUCAAAUCAAGAGUAAAUGGUGGAGAAUGA